GAAGGAGGACAAGCUAAAGGGAGAGAGAGGAAUUGAGGGUUUGAGAUUCUGUGAGAGAGACAGAGAUUUCUCCCUGUUUUGGAGCAAUGGAGAAGCAGCAGCAGGCUGGCCUGCCACGGUGGGUCACUGUCAUUUGUCUGGGGUCCUGUCUCCUCCCUGUGACCUGGGCUCAAUUUCCUCGGAUCUGUAUGACUGUGGAAAGUCUAGUGUCCAAAGAGUGCUGUCCCCCUCUGGGUGUGGAACCUGCCAAUACCUGUGGCAUACUAGAGGGCCGAGGACAAUGUGCAGAGGUUCAAGCAGAUACCAGGCCCUGGAGUGGCCCCUAUGUGCUCCGGAACCAGGAUGAUCGUGAGCACUGGCCUAGGAAAUUCUUCAACCGGACAUGCAAGUGCACAGACAACUUUGCUGGCUACAGCUGUGGAGAAUGCAAGUUUGGCUGGACAGGUCCCAACUGCACUCAAAAGAAGCCACCAGUUGUUCGGAAGAAUAUCCAUUCUUUGACUCCCCUAGAAAGAGAGCAAUUCCUGGAUGCCUUGGAUCUUGCUAAGAACACCAUCCACCCAGACUAUGUGAUUGCUACUCAGCAUUGGCUGGGCCUGUUGGGGCCUAAUGGAAUGCAGCCGCAAAUUGCCAACUGUAGCAUUUAUAACUUCUUUGUGUGGUUACAUUAUUACUCUGUCAGAGAUACACUCUUAGGACCAGGGCGACCAUUCAAAGCCAUAGAUUUCUCCCACCAGGGGCCUGCAUUCCUUACCUGGCACAGGUAUCAUUUAUUGUUGCUGGAAAGAGAUCUCCAGAGACUCACUGGCAAUGAGUCCUUUGCAUUGCCUUACUGGGACUUUGCCACAGGGAAGAAUGAAUGUGAUGUUUGUACAGAUGACUUAUUUGGUGCUUCAAGACUGGAAGACUCAACCUUGAUUAGUCAGAAUUCAAGAUUCUCCCGCUGGGAAAUUGUAUGUGACAGCUUGGAUGACUACAACCGCCGGGUCACCCUGUGUAAUGGGACAAAUGAAGGUCUGCUGAGAAGGAAUCAAUUAGGAAGAACUAAAGAGCAGUUGCCCACCAUAGAAGAUGUCCAGGCCUGCCUUUCUCUUGAGAAGUUUGACAAUCCUCCUUUCUUCCAGAAUUCUAGCUUCAGUUUUAGGAAUGCCCUGGAAGGAUUUGAUAAAGCAGAUGGAACCUUUGAUUCAACAGCAACAAGCCUUCAUAACUUGGUUCAUGCUUUCCUGAAUGGCACUAGUGCUUUGCCCCAUUCUGCUGCAAAUGACCCCAUUUUUGUGGUCCUUCAUUCCUUUACUGAUGCCAUUUUCGAUGAAUGGAUGAAACGCUUCAAUCCAACUAUCAAUGCCUGGCCUCCAGAGCUAGCACCCAUUGGUCACAAUCGGAUGUAUAACAUGGUCCCUUUCUUCCCUCCUGUGACAAAUGAGGAGUUCUUCUUAACUGCAGACCAACUUGGCUAUGAUUAUGCUAUUAACUUGCCAGCUUCAUUUUCAGUGAAAGCUACCCAGGGCCCGACUAUAAUCCUGUCAGUUAUUGGAGCAGGCCUAGUGGCUUUAGUAGCCUUUUCUAUGCUACUAGUUCUCCUUCAGUACAGAAGACAGCGGAAAGGAUUUACGCCCCUGAUGGAGACCAGAUUCAGUAACAGGAAAUACACAGAAGAAGCCUAAUACUAAAAAAUACUUGCUUUUCAAUUAAGCCUCAGAAGAAAGAGCCUGGUCAAAUUGUAAGGAAUUAGCUUGGUUACUGGUUCUGUUGUGACUUUGGUAUUGAAAAGAUUAUUUCCUAGGGAGCUAAUUGAAUUGUUCUUUCUUUCACUGAGCAUAUUGUUGGCAUAGGUUUUCUUGGUGUGGCAAUGUUCCAAAACAUAGGGAAUACUUAGCUUUUUCUUUGAAUAAACUCACAGCUAGAAUACUUGGGAAGUUUCUGUUGCUAAAUAAAGGUAGAGCUCAUGAUUUUUAUCUCAAGACAAUCACUCUCCACACAUCUCAAUCUUCACCAUCACCUGAGAGCAUCAAGAUAUGAAGAGGAGAAAGUCACUUAGAAUUUGAAGACCAUAGAAUUUUAGAGAUAGAAGUUAAAUUAGUGAUUGUGCCCACUUAUAAAUGGACUUCUGUUCAGCACAUAUGACUUGGAAGAUCUUUCUUCAAGUUGAUUCUUC